UUCAUCUCCGCAGCAGUUUCGGGCCAGAACAGUGGCCCAUACAAUCAAUAUCUCGACUGCAACGGAUGGCCUGCAGCGGCCCGCCCCUGCAUAGCUUAUAUGUUAGGGCUGCAUGUGUUGGUCCCAAAGGCCAAGCAGACUGCAACUACUCCUCAUUCUCCUGGAAUGAAAGGUGGGAUGGGAUGUCACAUGGCAGACGAACGCUCAAUGCAUUGGCGUUGACGAGGAGAGCAAGUGAAAAGUGCUCCAAUAUCAAUUAGCCUUAUUUUCUCUCCUCGUCAAGAUUCGUCUUAACUUUCGAAAUGCCGCAGACGGAAAGGAAAAGGGAAAUGUCAGGUCUCUCCGCCCCCAACGACCACUUGCAGCCCUUCGGUUGGGAACCCGAUCUGAAGUUGGCGCAGGGCGACCGGACCACACGUCCUUGCUGCCGUGCUGAACAGGUCGCGCAGUUCCCAGCCCCAAAAGUCGCCCGAGACGACAGGCAUUUUCAUGUCAGGUUACACAAGGACCCGAAGCAUAAGUAUCUCGCACUCAGUAGUUCCGAGACUGGCUCGGACGACCCGCUUCACUCGGAUCCUCCGUCAUCUUCUAUUCCCUUAUUGUUCUGUCAGCGUUUUUGUUUUGAACGAGGGCACUCUAAUUUCCAUUUCCCGUCACUUUUACUGUUUACGCUCUCUUUCCGUCACAACAUACUCAACAACCAGGAUGUCCUACUCCCACAUUAAGGAGCACGAGUGGCAGGACGGCCUCUGCAGCUUCUGCGAUGGCGGCCACUGCCUGGCGGGCUGCUUCUGCCCUUGCAUCCUGGUCAACAAGACGCACGAGCUGCUGGAGGACCCGCACAAGCAAGACCCCGACGGAUGCGGCUGCGUCGGGUGCGGCUGGUGCGUACUCAACAUGUGCGGUGGCUGGGGGUUCAUUGUCGGGCUCAUCCAGCGGGGCAAGAUCCGCGACAAGUACCGCAUCGAGGGCGGGGGCGGCCUCUGCGGCGACAUCAUGACAAACCUGUGCUGCCCGUGCUGCUCCGUCAUCCAGCAGUACAAGGAGGUGGAGAUGCGCCGCGACGCUGCCGGCCCGUCCAAGAUGGGCUACCAGGCGCAGGCUCCCAUGCGCGCCCCGGGGCACUGAGUAGGGGCCGGGAUGGUUUCUUUGGUGGGAAGGCUGGUCCGGAACGCACCCCUGAAGAGCGCAGGUCGCUGACGAGGGAACUACUAGAGAAAAGGCAUAAGGGAAAUGGCCGUUUCAAUUUCUGUAGUAGUGUUGAAGACAGGAUAGAAAAAGGUCAAGGACAUCUCCAUC